AUGAACAUCUCCUCUGGAACACUCCUUUGGGUUUCUGUUCAACCCCUUAUACGCCUCCUCCUUAAUGUAGGAUGUGGAUUUGUGAUGGCAAAGCUUGGAAUCCUCUCUCCGGCCUGUUGCACGAGGUAUAGGUCAGAUUGUACUUGUGAGGGUAUCGCAUUCCCAAUGUUGAUGUUCUCAAAGAUUAUUCCGGUUUUUAAUUCACAGAAUAUCAGCGCGCUUGGUCCACUCGUUCUGGUGGCCUUGACUUAUGAGACCAUCGGGAUAACGCUGUCAUGGCUUAUCAAGCAAAUCUUCUGGGUUCCACACAGAUUUCGGUACGGCAUCCUUAUCGCGGGUGGAUGGGCCAACGUAGGAGAUAUUCCAACAUCGGUAGUUAUGACGUUAAUGGCCUCUGCACCCUUUAAUGGUACUCAGGAUGAAAACUUGGCAGUAGCUUACCUCGCAGCCUUUCUCCUGGUUUUUUGCGUCACACUGUUCACAUUUGGGGCUGUGAGGUGGUUAGAGACAGAUUUCGAUGGCCCAGAUAUAGAAGAUGAAGAAAUACAAGCACAACUUCGCCUCAAACAGAAAAGAGUGAUUGGCAGUCUUGCGAGGCUUGGCACUUGGAUGCUAUGCCGCCGUAGCAAAAGAACCACGCCUGGAGGUGCUGACAGCGACCUGGAGGCAUGCGAAACGGUGAUAUCUACGGAAGAAAAUAUUCAUUCUGAAAAUGCAACCUCAGUCCCAACGGCCCUGGGGACCGAGGGUAAAAAGGAAAAUUUAGAGACAACGGCCAAAAUACGCGUCCCCGCGACAAGGCGGAUACUUCGCGGUUUCUGCAAUGCGGUUCGCUCCGCUUCAUCCCCACCGUCACUCUCUAUUGUGAUAUCUUUUAUCAUAUCAGUGGUUCCGACGCUGAAGGCACUGUUCGUCGCUGGUGUUCCAGGAGUGAACAUGCCGUCCGCCCCCGAUGGUCAACCUCCACUUGCCUUCCUUCUAGACACGGCAACAUUCAUUGGAGCUGCCUCUGUCCCUAUCGGCCUAAUGACUCUCGGAUCUGCCAUAGCAAGGCUCGAAAUUCCGAGCGGCAGUUGGCGGAAAUUUCCUCUUGCGUCCAUCGGUGCCCUUGCAACCGCACGCUUAGUCGUUAUGCCCAUCCUGGGUGUUCUAAUAUGUCAAGGCCUAACUCACGUCGGCUUUAUCAGUGCUGAGGAUAAGGUGUUAAGAUUUGUUUGCAUCUUCUUCUCAUGCCUCCCUACCGCAACGACACAGGUCUAUUUAACGCAAGUGUACUCCGGAACAGGAACCGCUGGACAUCUUUCAGCAUACUUGAUUCCUCAGUACAUUCUGAUGAUUGGAACCAUGACGGGGCUGACGGCGUACACGCUCCGACUGCUUUUUGGUUAA